AUGAGUGAAAAAUUAGGAGGACCGAGAAAAGUUGUACAAAUAGAUGAAUCUCUUUUUAGAGGUCGUCGAAAGUACAACCGAGGAAGACUUUUUCUUGAUGACUUUAUGGAGAGUAUUGAUGAUGCUCGUCGUAAAAUUAAUUAUGGCGAACGUGUCAAUGGACCAUGGGUUUUUGGAAUGGCAGAACAAGGCUCCAGGAAAGUCAAAAUGUUUCUUGUAGAGAAACGAGAUAGAGACACUUUGCUGCCACUGUUGCUUAAACAUGUGGAUACGCAAAGUGUCAUUGUCUCGGAUGGAUGGAAGGCGUACUGUGGAUUAAACUUGUAA